CCAACUUUUUUUUUCUUUUCACGUUUCUUGUCAAUCGCUUCUCUUGUCUUGUCUGUAACCAGCCGAUACUCUCCGUGUUUACGUUUCGGUUGUUCGAACUUUUUCGUGUCUCCCCUCCGUCCCCGCGCUAUCCCCUCCAAAGCCACGGUCGAUUCCCCUAAACGGCGAACGAGAUUCGACAGUACCUAGCCCGGGGAGAAAGCGAAGUGUUCCAGCUCUAGGCAACUAACCACCCAUCGCUGAAUGACGUUUAUUGGCUCUUUUGGAUUAUUACCGGCCCUCAAUUGCCUUCUUCCCUCCGCCAUAGCGCGUUCCCAUCCUGACUGACUUCAAAGAAGUCUUUGAUGAGGACCUAGUCGGUGGGCAUAUAUCAUCCGAGGCGCGUUUGGGUACUCCUUCGACAUCGUGGAUUGAUAUCGCGGACGAGGGGGCUGACCUCCCCGAGGAGGUCAUCCCAAUCGCACGAGCUGGUCGUGAUGUGUGCAGGUAACGAUGCGGACCGGCAUGGCACCUGGAGUCCUACGUUUGUGUCUCAUCAACGCGCAGACAACUUCUCCUCCCGUAAAGACGGUCCGUUUCAGAACGGGAUCCUGGGAACAUCUCGACGACGGCGGCGAUGGCACAUUCUGAGAUCUACACACCAUGGCAUAGCGGGCUUGUUGAUGGUGUUGUUAUUGGCACUCGUAUCGUCGGCUCGCGCUGCGUUACUUAACUUCGAAAAUUGUUUAGAUGCGUCCAUCGUCCAGUCAAAUCCUUUACAAUUGCAGUUUGUUCCAUUGGACGUGUCAGUCGUUUUCGAUCUUCAGGACCCUCUUUAUACUCUCAACGUCACGAUAUAUGGCAAUGUGUCUGGAACUGCCGAUCGGUCAUCGUCCUACCCAUCUCCCGAUGAUCCCCGGUGGUCGAACCCCAACGAUACUGUCGGGAAGAUCGCUGAUCUCAAUACUGCCAACAACAAAUAUAGUACUCUCCUGACCGAUGUGGAUGUAGUCAGCUUCUCCCCAUAUAGCGAUGCCUCCAGAUUCUGCGAUGCCGUUACCCAAGGGGGUCCUUGCCCUUUGGGACCGGUCUUUUACGCGAAUGCAUCUACCUUGUCCGCGCUGCGCGCUUUCUCGAUCCAGCACGACAUGCAAUCGGCCUACCACUUUUCCACCCUCUCGUCAACUUUCAGAAUCAAAUCGGGUGACGCAGCAGCUACUGCGCUCGGAUGUAUAACCGUGGAUAUUACAUCGGACCUUGGAACAACUCUGAAGAAUGCUCUAGCCUACGUCCCCCUCGUCAUCCUUGUGCUGGUCGGAAUCGCUACAAUAUCUGCGGCAAUGUACAGCCCAUGGGGCACGACGAAUUUCUUCCACUGGACAAGCAAUUAUGGCCGGGAUGAGGAUGUUCUGCGGCUUGUGACGCCGGGUUUUGGGGACUGCAUGCAGUAUAUACAGUUCGCGGUCUUGACGGGUGCGCUCUCAUUGAAUUAUCCUGGAUACUAUCAGCCAGUGGUCAGCCAAGUCGCCUGGUCUACGCUUAUGUUCAACCAGAGCUUUGUCCAUCCAGGACAGGGGCGAGAUCCUGUAAUUGACGGGGUUUAUGCCGUCAAUGCCACCUAUGGGCUUGAGAGGUUGGAUCAGUAUGUCGGCAUGGCCACAGCAAGUGACAUUUGGCCCGGGAUGAUCAUCUGGUUGCUCGUGAUCCUGGGCAUAGUCACCGUCUUGAUCCAGCUUGCAUUCGCUUUCCGUUGGCUUCACCACGAACUGGCGAAUAUCCCGGAGGAGGAUCUCCGUUCGAGAAAUAUGCCGUUCACUGUGGGGAACGUGAUUCGGAUAGUUUUUAACUUUCUGUUCCUCCCCGUGGUGUCGUUAUCCUUCUUCCAGCUGGUGAUUGCUGCCGACUCUCCAGCAUACUCUGUGGCGCUCGCUGUUGUGGUUAUUCUCGCAUUAUUGGUAUUUUCCAUUUGGACCGUCAGAUUGAUCGUGAGCACGCGCCCCAAGUCACACCUUUUCGACGACCUACCAACAGUGCUAUUGUUUGGACCUCUCUACAAUACUUUCUGCGACGAUGCGGCAGCAUUUGCGGCAGUACCAAUCUUCAUCACUUUUGCUCGUGGUGUCGCAAUUGGUGCUCUUCAACCAUCCGGCAUAGCCCAAAUAGUUCUCCUCGCCAUCUGUGAAGUUGUAUAUGUUCUCACCCUCGUGGCCUUCCGACCAUUUCCACAUCCCACGUCAAUGAACCUUUAUCAUGCUUGUUUCGCCAUCGUGAGAUUCCUUACGAUACUUCUCAGCGUCGUUUUCGUCCCUUCUCUUGGAGUAUCGCAGGCCGCGCGCGGAUGGAUUGGAUACAUCAUACUCCUACUCCACGCUUUGGUACUUGUCUUUGGAUUUUUCCUAAACGCACUGCAGACUUUGAUCGAAGUGAUAGCUCGACUCGCUGGCGCUGGUGGUUACGAGGGUGGCGCCACCCGCGGAGGACUGGUGAAGGUAUUCGGCAUGCGCCAACUCUCGCGACGCCUACCGAGACGCGAUACUGCAGGCACACGUCAAAGCAUGGCCUCCGACGCUGCCAUGCUUGCGCACACAGACGAUCGGAUGUCCGCGCAAUUCGAUGGAUCAAGGCCAAGGAGCCUUUCAGGCAGCUUGCUCUUGAACAGAGCAACCGCAAGCGACGGCAGGGCCAGUGGAAUCUUCGAAUCAGGAAGCGCACAUGGAGGGACGCAUAGCCGUGCCAACAGCAGUGGAUUGUACACGCCUACUACCCUUGGCGGUUUCCAGGGUGCUGGCUACCAGACGACAGGAAGCAACUCACCCAAAAGCGGUCUCAUCUACGCCAUGCAACCCCAUGACCCCUAUUAUAGACCCCCUCGGCCCCGUAGGAAUAAUGAACGAGGUGCAUCUUUCGAAAAGGGCCGGACAGUCUCCCACACCGCUUCAAGGUCGGGUAAUUUGGGCGAUAUGGACGACGAUCUCAUUGAGGGUCCCUCAAUCUCCGGAAGGGGUACACCUGUGCCUGCGUAUAUCCCGGCACCCAAGGACGAUCUUGACUACGAUGACUCAAGACCGUCCCGGAAGGACUAUGCCGUCCGUGAAGUAGACUUCUACUACCGAGUGCGAGGCCCUCCACUUUCCCAAUCUGGGACAAGAAAGUUGAAGACCGGUCCCGCAGAUCCCACAGGCCCGGUCUCCUCCGCUACAGGCUUUUUCCGAAAUCUCUUCAGGGGAAAAACAAAGGAAAAAGGCAAGGGGUUUGAAGUUGUCCGCAGCACGAGAGCUCCUCCUCCUGGCCUCCUUCCCGAGGGAGAUAAUUUCAAUGAGCCGUACAGGGACGAGCCCGAGGAGCAGCCAUCCCCUGAUCAUGAACGCCAGGCUACGGAUAAUGAUGUGGAGGAAUCUGACUCGGGAGACGACGCCAAUUCACCGACUAAGCGACCUUCCAUCAGCUUACCACAACUUGACGUCGGCGGUGCUAUCGAGCUUCCUAGCCGACUGGGGUCGCGGCGCAGCUCUUUAGCACCCUCCGUGACACGGCGGGAUUCUGCCAAUGCAUUUGAUCUGGACAAAGACGCUCCUUCUCAGUCCCUACCCGUGGUUGAGGAAGCCGCCUCGACGGGGGUUUCAACACCCGAACUUCAGCACGACACUACGCGCUUUCCGACUAGUCAACUUCAGCCCUCUUCCGGUGCCGGUCGCCUGCCAUUCAGCGCCAACAGCUCACCUUCUCGGGAUCGGAAUCUCUCAAUCGCUUCCACGAUCGGCUCGAGAUCAUCCAGUCGCCGAGUCGGUCAUGAUGGCAAUGAUAAACCUGAACGUCCAUCGAGCGUGGGUUAUGUUGCUCAGCACCGAACCUCGGAUUACAUACACCAGGCUAGUCCAGACGAGCCCACCUUUGCAGGAAGUUCAGCUGAAUUAGUGGACGAAGCUCCUCAUGGAGGAGCGCAUUAAAUCGUCAUUGUUAAUGUCACUCACCUUCGACAUCCAACUCACGAAUCUCCUUUCUACUUCGCCCUCGUCCCCUUUUCGCAUCUCUCUUCCCCUCGAAAAAUAAUACGUAUCGGGCGUUUGUGAUAUACUACCGGAUUAUUCUUUUUCUUUCUCUUCUUUUUCUUUUUGCGUAUCGCCUUGAGGAUAGCGGCAUUUAGCGAAAUUUGGCCUUUUCUCCAGCUUAUUUGACGGUGGCCUCGACAUACGAAGAAGCUACCAGAGCAUCUUGUUAGACCAGUCUAAUUUCGUUUCAAGUCUCUUGUUUGUGAUUUAUGGCGGCCCAGUGCAACAGAGGGCCCACACGAGUGUACAAUUUGGGGGUUUCUUUUCCUAUAUGACAUACUAGGCAAUAGUUUAUUUUAACUAUAUUGAAUGGUAACAUGAUGCUUGUGG